GUAACUAGAUGAGGCUGCAAGUAGACAGCAUCAUACCUGCAAGCAGGUCAAUUUUCAUUGUCAUAGGGAGAAUACACAUGUAGAUUUGAAUGAAAGCUGUUCAGAUUGCGGCAUUAUAUUUUCUACCUUUUAUGAGCAGUUGGAUAAUUUAUCUGUAGCCUAUGCUACCUAUAGCCAGUAGUUUUCUAAUCUAGUUAGAUCAACUAACAAAGCACGGCUGUGUAUGCCUUUACAUUACGCGUUGAUAACUUGCAGAAAUCAUCCAGCUAUAAACUGAAAUAAGGGAGCAGUCAGCUAGUCAGCCAGAGGCAGAGGGUGAGUUUUUAACAACCGGAAGUGCGCGCGUUUAUUCCCACUGACGAAGAAUAGGUGAGUGGCUGUUUUCAUCUGGCUAUAGCUACAAUAGCCAUGAUUGCAAAGUAAACAAAAAUGUUAUUAUUAGUCAAACUACAAGUGUACGGAAUUGCGAAAUUGAAUUGUUGAAUGACCUCACCAAGAACCGCUCUAUGUCCCAGCCCCACUUCCCCUUUUUGGAUAAAUGAAACAAACGUAAACUCGAUACUAUCGCGCAACUCUUGUUAAAUUGUAAUAAAUUCAAUAUGAUGUAUGUUGAUGUUGCAUGAUGUGUCGUGUAGUCAGUGUUGUAGCUCGCACGUCUUUGAAGUAUGCUAUUUAUUUACAAUGUCUGAUGUUUUUCUGGUGGCUCGUAGUCUGAAGGUGUUGUUUUUUUAAUUUAAAACCCUCCCCUCUCCCCUUAUAUUUUUUUGUUUGCAUAACCUACUAUUUUUCGUAAAUAUAAAGCUAUACUGUGUUUUCAGGAAUCUGUCCAAUUGUCAGCUUUCUUACCAACUUGUUUUUUAUAAUCUAAUUUAUACAAAGAAUGUCAACAUUUAACAGGGUUACAAAAGAGGACGUCUAGACCAUCUAAAUAUACAAUAGGCUUCUCCUGAAGGCCAUGUCUAAUGAACACACACCCCUCCUCGCCCAUGGGGUGUGUGGUCUGUCUGUAGACACAGCAGUAUGUGGCAUGGGGGGGUCCGAUGGCACUGGGGAGGCCAGCACUCCUAAUGCUGUACCCCGAAAACUCAACACCUUCUUCGGGGUGAUAGUGCCCACCGUCCUCUCCAUGUUCAGCAUUGUCCUCUUCCUCAGAACUGGUGAGUGCAGCAUCUAGAUGUCAGACAAUUAAAAAUAUAGGCUGUGAAUGUGGAAUUAUUCACCAUGCAACAUACAGUGAUGCUUGUUGAUGGUCAAGCUGCUUUUGGCUUCAAGCUCUGCUAGUUCAUUUUAAAAAGGUGUAACUGUGUGCAUGCAUGUGAAUGCAUUAGGCUACUGUAUUGUGGUCCUGUAACAAUACUAAUACUGUGUAAUGAUGUUUCCCCAUAGGGUUUGUGGUUGGUCAUGCGGGGCUCUUGCAGGGUCUUGUGAUGCUGCUUGUAGCCUACACCAUUAUCUCCCUCACCAUCUUGUCCAUCUGUGCUAUUUCCACCAAUGGUGCUGUGCAGGGAGGUGGGGCCUAUUGUAUCCUUAACACUGGUUCUUUCUCACACCACAAAUCUUGCCAUAGAUUUUCAAGCUGAUUUAAGUCAAAACUCCCAUGUAGAUUUGGCCUUGUGUUUUAGGUUAUUGUCCUGCUAAAUAGUGAAUUCAUCUCCCAGUGUCUGGUAGAAAGCAGACAAUCAGGUUUUCCUCUAGGAUGUUGCCUGUGCUUAGCUCCAUUCUGUUAAUUUUUUUAUCCUGAAAAACUCCCCAGUCCUUAAUGAUUACAAGCACACCCAAAACAUGAUGCAGCCACCACUAUGCUUGAAAAUAUGGAGAGUGGUACUCAGGAAUGUGUUGUAUUGGAUUUGCCCUAAACAUAACACUUUGUAUUCAGGACAAAAACUUAAUUUCUUUGCCACAUUUUCUGCAGUGUUACUUUAGUGCCUUGUUGCAAACAGGAUGCAUGUUUUGGAAUAUUUUUUAUUCUGUACAGGCUUCCUUCUUUUCACUGUCAAUUAGGUUAGUAUUGUGGCGUAACUACAAUGUGGUUGAUCCAUCCUCAGUUUUCUCCUAUCACAGCCAUUAAACUCUGUAACUGUUUUAAAGUCACCAUUGGCCUCAUGGUGAAAUCCCUGAGCGGUUUCCUUCCUUUCCGGCAACUGAGUUAGGAAGGACGCCUGUAUCUUUGUAGUGACUGGGUGUAUUGAUACACCAUCCAAAGUGUAAUUAAUAUCCUCCCCAUUCUCAAAGGGAUAUUCAAUGUCUGCUUUUUAUUUUUUGCCAUCUACCAAAUUUGUGAGGCAUUGUAAAACCUCCCUGGUCUUUGUGGUUGAAUCUGUGUUUGAAAUUCACUGCUCGACUGAGGGACCUUAUAGAUAAUUGUAUGUGUGGGGUACAGAGAUGAGGCAGUCAUUCAAAAAUCAUGUUAAACACUAUUAUUGCACACAGAGUGAGUCCAUGCAACUUAUUUUGUUAAGCUAAUUCUUACUCCUGAACUGCCAUAACAAAGGGGUUGAAUACUUGAAUACAGCUUUUUAUUUGUUAUUCAUUUGUAAACAUUUCUAAAAACAUAAUUUCACUUUGACAUUAUGGCGUAUUGUGUGUAGCCAGUGACAAAAAAAUCUCAAUGUAAUCCAUUUUAAAUUCAGGCUGUAACACAACAAUGUGGAAAAAGUCAAGAGGUGUGAAUACUUUCUGAAGGUACUGUAUUUUGCAAGUGUGUUUCUAUUGGUCUAUAGUAUGAGUGCAGUGUAAAACUUAAGUUCUUACUAGUCAAACUUGAUGACACAUAUCUACAGUCAUUUCUAGCCCUUAUAUCUUUAAUGGGAAAUUUCACUACUUUUCAACCUCAUAUUCAUAAUCUCCAGAACCACCCUAACAUCAACAUAGUGCCAGCGGGUUGCUAUGUUUUGUAGUAAAAUAAUUGAAGAAGAUAAGUGUUUUUGAUUACAUCAUCUGAAUACACUGAUGACCACAUCUGGUGUGCAUCAUGUGAUUCAACCAACUGAGCAGAGUGACUUUACUAACCUUUACUAAUGAUGCACACCAGAUCAGUAAUAUUUAACCCCUUGACCUAAUGUCUGCCAGUCAUGAUCAGUCGAUCGUUGGGCCCAGAGUUUGGAGGAAGCAUUGGUCUCAUGUUCUUCCUUGCCAAGGUGUGCGCGUGUGGAGUGUAUGUGCUUGGUCUGGUAGAGGCCAUACUUGACAUAUUUGGUCAGGACCCAGGUUAGUCUUGACAUUCUAUAAUUACUAGUUUAAGGCCUAAUACUUAUAAUUCCAAGCAUGCAUGCCAUGCUUGUGUGCUUCUGCUUUAAAAAAAUGAUUCAUAAUAUUUCUUAGAAUGUUGGUGCCACAUGCAUUCAAAUGAGUCGUUCCACCCAGUGUUUUAUCCUCCAUCUUGUCUUCUUUGUCCACCUCCCACCUCAGCAUCCUCCUCUGCGUUGCGGGUGCUUCCCCAGGGAUACUGGUACACAGUGCUGUACUCUUCCAUAGUUCUCCUGCUGGUUCUGGUGGUGUGCCUAGUGGGUGCCCACAUCUUCGCCCGCACCUCCUUCCUCAUCCUGCUGGUGGUGACCAUCUCCCUGCUGUCCAUCUACAUCAGCCCCCUGGCGCUGACCACGCCCCUAACCUUUCUCAUCACCCACCAGGGCCCUGGCAACCAGACCCUCACCUACAACGCCAGCUACACAGGCUUCAAUGGCACCACACUGAGGGACAACCUGGGUUGUGAGUACUGUCUGGCAGGGGUCAUACUUCAGAUGCAUUAUAGGUAUAAUAAUCCUUGAUUGGGAAGUGAAACAGUACAUGUAUAGAGUUGUUAGUUUUAUGGUUUGAGAGAGAGAGAGCAGUUAUAGCAACAGUGUUCUUCCUCUUUUUCCUCUUCAGCGGGCUACACUGUGGACUACAGCACCGGUAAAGUCAUGUCAUUCGCCACUGUGUUCGCUGUCAUGUUCACCAGCUGUACCGGAAUCAUGGCCGGAGCAAACAUGUCAGGUACUCUCCACACGCAUCAUAAUAUACUGAGUAUACCCACCCUUUUGCCCUCAGAACAGCCUCAAUUCGUCAGGGCAUAGACUCUACAAGGUGUUGAAAGUGUUCCACAGGGAUGCUGGCCCAUGUUGAUUCCAAUGCUUCCCACAGUUGUAUAAAGUUGGCUGGAUGUCCUUUGGGUGGUGGACCAUUCUUGAUACACACGGGAAACUGUUGAGCAUGAAACCCAGCAGCGUUGCAGUUCUUGACACAAACCGGUGCGCUUGGCACCUACUACCAUUCCCUGUUCAAAGGCGCUUAAAUAUUUUGUCUUUCCCAUUCACCCUCUGAAUGGCACACAUACACAAUCCAUCUUGAAAGUCCUUCUUUAACCUGACCCCUCCCCUUCAUCUACACUGAUUUGAAGUGGAUUUAACAAGUGACAUCAAUAAUUGAUCAUAGCUUUCACCUGCUCAGUCUAUGUCAUGGAAAGAUCAGGUGUUCUUAAUGUUUUGUAUACUCAGUGUAGUUGUUACUUUACCGGUGCCAUAUGCAUUCUGACUAAAGGUAAUGGAAUAUUUUAGUUCCAUUACUUCACAUCUCACUAAGCUUCACAUACAGACUCAAACUUGACAUGUUCCACUAUCUUUCCUUUAAUCUGUUGUCUGUAGGAGAGCUGAAGAACCCCAGUGCUGCCAUUCCCAAAGGCACCAUUAUUGCAGUCCUCUACACCUGCAUAGUCUAUGUCCUGCUCUUUGUCCUGGCCAGCUCCACCUGUGAAAGGUCUGAGUGGAUGAGGCUGGGAGUGGUGGGAACUCAUACUGUUGCUAUAUACUUUAAUACAGUCAACUAAUUAAUGUAUUUUGUUUAGGACCCUGUUGGUUCAGGAUUACGGAUUCUUCCAGCGUAUAAACAUCUGGCCGCCAUUUGUAACCAUUGGGAUCUACUGUUCCGCCCUGUCAGCAGCCAUGUGCUCUCUGAUUGGGGCGUCCCGGAUCCUCCAUGCCCUCGCACUGGACCAACUGUUUGGUAAGGAUGUUGUUGAACAAGUUUCACAAUAAAAGAGUAACAGAGUAAAGGACAUGUUUUUGGCUAAUACAAAAUAAGGAGAAUAAUGUUGUGAUGUUGUGUUACCCAUAGGUUUUCCAUUGGCUCCUGCUGCUACCACUUCCAGCUCAGGUAACCCAUGGGUGGCAGUGCUGUACACCUGGGGCUUGGCACAGGUGAGGAGAGGACAUAGUUGUAUCGUAUUGAGCAGUGCAGUGCUACUUUUGACAUUUAAACAGGCUCUGAGAUAGUGUUUUUGGUGUGACUGUUGCAGUGUGUGGUGUUUGCAGGCCAGCUUAAUGCCAUAGCUGGCCUUGUGACAGUGUUCUACCUGCUGGCCUAUGCUGCUGUCGACCUGGCCUGUCUGGCUCUAGAGUGGGCAUCGGCCCCCAACUUCAGGUAAUCAGAUCCUAGCAUCAUGCUGUACAAUCGGAUUUUAAAAAAGCAGACAAUGACCUUGCGCUGAUGCUCUUCUUUUUGUGUUUUGAUGUCGUUGUCCUUAGUGAAGUAGGGUUUAUCUAGGAUACUUUUGACCAUCAGUGUCCAGUCUAGUCUAGAUUUUACCUGUCUUUCACCUUUCCCCGGUUUCACUUGCCAUUCUAUCUCUCCAGGCCCACCUUCCAGGUGUUCUCCUGGCACACAUGUCUGCUGGGCAUUCUGAGCUGUCUGGUGAUGAUGUUUGUCAUUAAUCCCGUCUACUCUUCAGCCAGCAUCGUCCUCCUCUUGCUGCUGUUGCUCUUCCUGCACUACAGAUCACCCACCAGCAGCUGGGGAUACAUCAGCCAGGCUCUCAUCUUCCAUCAGGUACCCACACCUGGAGACGCACACACAUCACACACAUAGACACACUCGUGUGCCUGUUCCUGGAUCGUGUUCAGUAGGGAGGAAACAUUUUGAAAUGGUGAAGAACUACCUGAAGGUGUUCAGUUUAGAAAACAGAUGUAGGUUUUCUGAUGCAAAAUAUUUUGCUACGGUUUUCCCCACUAAACAGGACCCUGGGGUAUGUCACCGCUGUUGUUCUUGGUGCCUUGAAUCUACGUUCCCCCCCCAUUCCCCCUCUCCUGUAGGUGCGCAAGUAUCUACUGAUGCUGGAUGUGAGGAAGGACCAUGUGAAGUUCUGGAGGCCCCAGGUGUUGUUGAUGGUGGCCAACCCUCGCUCCUCCUGCCAGCUCAUCAACUUUGUCAAUCAGCUGAAGAAGGGUGGCUUGUUUGUGCUGGGGCACGUGAAGCUGGGCGAUCUGGGUAACAUAGGGGUGGUGACUGGGGUUCUGGUGCCAGUGGCAUCAUGUGAUUAUGACUCUUACAAUAAAUGCUUGUCAUUUUUACAAUGGCAUGAAACUUAAAGCUUCCACUAUUUGAUUGCAAAAGGUGUAAUCUGAGUGUGAUAUUUCUGGGGUCUGAAAUGAUUGACACCCUUGAUAAAGAUGAGCAAAAUUGACUAUGUAAAAUAAAUAAUUCAAAUACUGAGCUAUAUUGUAUGCUCUAAAAAUUGGUAAAUUAUAUUAUUUUAUACUAAGAGCUGCUCUAUUAUCAUGUCAUCCAUUAAAGGUAAACACCUGGAGUUUGCUAAAUUGCAUUGGCACUUGGAUUGGAACCAGUCAGAUGACAUUAAUCUAGCAUUUAGGCCAUGCACACUAGUGGUGGGUUUGGUGUGGAAAAGCAGAAAAUAAUCCCAUACCUAAUGUAAAAUAUGGUGGUGGAUCUUUGAUGUUGUGGGGCUAUAUUGCUUCCUCUGGUCCUGGGGCCCUUGUUAAGGUCAAUGGCAUCAUUAACUUUACACAGUACCAGGACAGAGGCUGAACCUUGACCGCUAGUGGAUCUUCCAGCAUGACAAUAACCCUGAGCACACAUCAAUAUCCACAAAGAAAUUGUUAAUUGACCACAGAAUCAACAUUUUGCAAUGGCCUUUUCAGUCGCUGGACUUGAAACCCAUUGGAAACCUGUGGUUUGAAUUGAAGAGGGCAGUCCAUAAGCACAGAUGAAGGAUAACAUAGAUCCGGAAGGAUUCUAUAUGGAGGAAUGGUCUAAGAUCCCUUCCAAUGUGUUCUCCAGCUCAUAAAACAUUUGAGAAAAAGGCUCAGUGCUGUUAUCCUUGGAAGGCGAGGCACUGAAAACAGUGGUGACAAUUUUGACCCCUACCAUUUUGAGAGAAAAAAAGUAUUACUUGUUGAACAAAAUGUAUUUCUCUGAGCAAUUGCAUUCGUUUCAAAUAAUAUAAUUUCAGAAUCUUUUGGAGUAUACCAAAUAUUAGGAACUCCUUCCUAAUAUUGAGUUGGAAAAGCCUCAAUUCGUCAGGGCAUGGACUCUACAAGGUGUCGAAAGCAUUCCACAGGGAUGCUGGCCCAUGUUGACUCCAAUGCUUUCCACAGUUGUGUCAAAUUGGCUGGAUGUCCUUUGGGUGGUGGACAAUUCUUGAUACACACAGGAAACAGUUGAGCGUGAAAAAUCCAGCAGUGUUACAGUUCUUGACACAAACCGGUACGCCUGGCACCUACUGCCAUAACCCGUUCAAAGGCACUUAAAUCUUUCGUCGUGCCCUUUCACCCUCUGAAUGGCGCACAUACACAAUCCAUAUCUCAAUUGUCUCGAGGCUUAAAAAUCUUCCUUGAACCUGUCUCCUCCCCUUCGUCUACACUGAUUUGAAGUGGAUUUAACAAGUGACAUCAAUAAGGGAUCAUAGCUUUCACCUGGUUUUACCUGGUCAGUCUAUGUCAUGGAAAGAGAAGGUGUUCUUAAUGUUUUGUAUACCUAGUGUAGGAUUAUGAAUUAUUUAUUUUAUACAGUCAUGUUUGCUCAUCUUUAUCAAGUAUGUCAAUAAUUUUGUACCCCAUAGAACAUUUAAGGGAAACUAGUUUGGCUCUUCUCUUGUUUGGGAAUCCAGGCAAUGCAGUCACUCAGCCAGCCUCUCUUCUGUUUCAGACACCCUGCCCUCAGACCCUGUCCAGCAGCAGUAUAACUUCUGGCUGAGUCUGGUGGAUAAGCUGGGGGUGAAGGCCUUUGUGGACCUGACUCUGUCCACCUCUGUGAGACAGGGCACACAGCAUCUGCUGCGCAUCACCGGCCUGGGUGAGUCACACAACCUUCUACUUACCAUUCUGGAUCAUUGUUUGUUGUUUUCCUCCUCUUCACACCAACUGUGUCGUAAAGAGCAUUGACAUAAUGUAUUAAUAAUAAUAUUACUACUUUGGAAAAUGGAACAUAAAACUCUUCUUUAUCUCUUCAAGGCGGCAUGAAGCCCAACACUCUGGUCUUGGGGUUCUACGACAGUUGCACCCCUGAGGACUACUUCCUCCAAGACCCUGCCUUCUAUGAGUCAGAAGAGGCCGGAGGGGAUGAUUUUGGGGUAGAUCUGCCCUCUCUGCAAGCCCACUUCCCCCCAGUUCGCCAUGUGGAGAGCCCACGCUGGCUCACGCCAGAGGAGUAUGUGGGAAUCAUCUCAGAUGCCAUCAAAAUGAGUAAGAACGUGUGUCUGGGCCGCUACUUCUCCCAGCUGCAGGGGGAGAGCAUGGGGACCAAGACGGACGGGGCUGAGAGGAUCAUCGACGUCUGGCCCCUCAACCUGCUGCGGCCGGGCAGCACCUCAGCAGCCUCUGUCGACGUGUGCAGCCUUUUCCUGCUGCAGAUGGCGUGUGUUCUCAACAUGGCCAGCAGAUGGCGCCAUGCCAGAAUGAGAAUAUUUCUGUGUGUGGAGGCAGAGUCAAGCGACCAGGGCUGGGUGGUUAAAGAGGAGACCUUCCGGGAGCUGUUGAGGAAGCUGAGGAUCAGGGCCUCCAUCAAGAUAGUGCCCUGGGACUCAGUGGUGCAGCUCUACGGACAGAAACAGACACCAGACCCAGAGCUGGGGGAGCUAGGCCUGACGAGGCCGGCCCCAGCCCUCUCAGAGGACUUCCUGUCUGCAGUCAACUGCCUGCUGAUGGAGCACAGUGCUCAGGCUGCUGUCCGCUUCCUGUAUUUACCACGCCCCCCUACUCACUCUAGCCAAUCACAACAAUACCUCAGUCAGUUGGAAGCUGUGACUCACGGUUUAGGCCCAACCCUCUUGAUUCAUGGUCUCACCCCAGUCACGUGCACUGAGCUUUGAGUGUGUCACUCUGUGUGUUUAUGGGAUCAAUAUGUCAUGUAACUAACUUAAUCCUGAACAUAAUAGAAAGGGCAGUCUGUUAAAUGCUUAACAUAUAUGAGGUACAUAACGUAUGUGUUAGUUAGACAAUAAACACACAGACACGCUACACAACAGGACUUAAUAGUAUAGCUCUGUUUCAUAGGCACAUAGUUUCACACCUUGUAAUGUAACUCAUUUACACAUCUACUAAUUUCACAAAUGAACACAUUCGACACCUAGUCAGUCACAGUGGUACCUACUUACCGUCUGUAAUACACUGAGUGUAUAAAACAUUAGGAACACCUUCCUAAUAUUGAGUUGCACCCCCUUUUGCCCUCAGAACAGCCUACCAUACCUUGCACUUAAAUAUUUUGUCUUGCCCAUUCACCCUCUGAAUCGCACACAUACACAAUCCAUGUCUCAAGGCUUAAACAUUCGUAUUUAACCUGUCUCCUCCCUACACUGAUUAAGUGGAUUUAACAAGUGACCUCAAUAAGGGAUCAUAGCUUUUACCUGGAUUCACCUGGGUUAGUCUGUCAUGUUUUGUACACUCAGUGUAUAUUUAUUUGUUCAUACUGUAAUUUAAUGGAGUA